AUGCCGCAGAUGUCUGCGCAGAUGGCACCAAUGAAUCCAGAAGGCUUUGUCGUUUGCGAGAACUGGGCACCCCAGGGGUUCAGCCAGUUUACUCCAGCACCUUUCCCGCAGCCUGCCCAACCCUUUGACCAGGGCAUGGUGCAGUCCAGUGCAGUCGCAGGUGGCAUGCCGAUGGCAUGCAUGCAGCGGCCCUUCGACGGGUACCAGGAAAGCUUUGAUGCCCAGUCGUCAUCUUCAGCGUGGCCUGCUGCAAAAGAUUGGCAGGGCCCCAGUGGUGCCACUGGCCCCAACCCCAUGCCCGGGCCCGGCUUUCAGCCGAUGGGCUUCGUAGGUGUCGGACAUGUGGGAAAUGUCGGACAACAUCUCGGGCCAUGCCCGGGUCCGAUGCCAAUGCCCAUGGAGAUGGUUCAAGUACCCGUGCCGCAGAUGCCAGAGCCACCGAGCCAGAUGAUGCAACCGCCUGAUGCCGGCCUGAGGCCAUUUCGACCUGGAAGCCAGCAGCCGCCAUGGCGAAGAAACUUCCGAUCGAGUGCUUCGAGCUCCCAUUCUGAGCCAAGUGGCGCGCAAAGCAGUUGGAAUGGAGGUUCCUCAGAAGAGGGCCCGGCAUUUGAGCCAUGCAACGGCGAAGAGCCAUGCUACGGAGAGGAGGGCCCGUGCGACUGCCGCUAUUGUGAGCACAUGAGAUCCAGGCAUUCAAGGCACUGGCGAUCGGGCUUUCGGUCGAUGAGUGAUUUGUGGGAGGCGCCCUUGCCCUGCGGGCUCCUGCCCUCAGAUGUCUCGGAGCUUCUCUUCCGAGAUAUUGUGCCAGAGGACUACGAAAUGCUCCUGCAACUGGAUGAUACCGUGGAGAAGAGGGUGGCAAGCACGGAAGGUGUGGAUGCCCUGCCGAGUGCAUCAGAGGACGACUUCCUGGGACAGAACUGCACGGUCUGCUUGGCGUCGCUGGAACGUGGUGAGGACAUUGCCAAGCUCCCAUGUACACACGUUUUCCACCGAGCUUGUGUUGCCAAAUGGCUCACCGAGCAGAAGAGGGCCUGCCCACUCUGCAAUGAAGAAGUUUGA